UUCUCUUUCAUUGACCCUUGAAUUUGAUAUAAAGACAUCCAAGUAAAUAUGUACUAUACAAAAAAAGCAACAAGAAACCUACCAAAAAUGCACCAAAACCGCACGUGGUAUCAAUGUGACUAUCGCUCAUUGCUCUCCAAGGCAACAGAUGUUGUAUCCAGGUAUUAAGAAAGCCCAUGCAAAGAAUCUGUCUAAUAUGGUCGUGAUGGUUGAGGAUCUCCUUUUCCCGGAGAUUUCACUCUUUUUUUUUCUUUCCCUCCACCUUGUCCCCUCUCUUUCUAUCUGCAAUACAUCAGCUUCUUCUGGCACCUCAAAUGAAUCGAUUCCUCCUCUUUUCCUCCUUCCUAUAUGAAACGCGAGAAGACCUUUUUGAUCCAUAACCCAA